CUUUUCAGGGAAAUAACGGAGAGAAAUAUUUACAGAAGAACCUUCUUUUGCGAUAAUUGUGUAAAUUGUAACAUUUUUAGAGGCUUGUUGGCAAACGUAAAGUAUUUUUUUUUUUAUAAAUUUGAUUGUUUAUUGCAACGAAAAUGAAUGAAAUAGAAGAAUUCUUCAAUUUCACGAAAGACUUCAAACGUGAGCCUGCACUUCGUGGUUACAUUUCAGGAGACCUCGCCGCAACUGCGGGAAAAUUUGAUAAUGGAAAACCCAUUAAACGCGAAUAUUUUGGAGAUCAGUAUUCAAAGCCUGUUGCUGAAAAGGAACGGAGGAGAAUGCUGGAUGAAGAUGUUUCGAUGGAAGAAAUUCAUUCUUCACGGCAAGGUGCGACUUCGUCUACUUGUAUGGAUGAACUUGAAGAUUUGAGUGAAGAAGAAGAUGCUAAGCCAAAAAUACUCCGAAUCGACGAUGGUGUAUACUCCAAAUAUAAUUUCAAUCUGAAGCGCGAUGAAUCGUUGCCUAUACAUGACAACAAAGAUCAAAUAUUAAAUGCCAUACGUAAGAAUCCUGUUGUAGUGCUUGAGGGGGAUACUGGCUGUGGCAAAACAACGCAGGUGCCUCAAUAUAUACUUGACGAGGCCUAUGAGAAUCGAGACUACUGCAAAAUUGUCUGCACACAACCACGCCGUAUUGCGGCAAUAUCAAUUGCUAAACGUGUCUGCCAAGAAAGAAAAUGGGAAGAAGGUUCUGUGGUCGGUUUUCAGGUUGGCCUGCAUGCCAAUAUUAGCGAAGAUACACGCUUGAUAUACUGCACGACUGGUGUGCUGCUACAGAAACUGAUUAAAGAAAAAUCACUCAAACAAUUCACACAUAUAAUUCUUGAUGAGGUGCACGAACGUGAUCAGGAAAUGGAUUUCCUACUUAUAGUCAUAAGAAAGUUGCUAACUACAAAUUCACGUGAUGUAAAAAUCGUACUUAUGUCAGCCACCAUUAAUGCAGGAGAGUUCUCCGACUACUUUACUAUACGUCGCAAACCAGCGCCAGUGCUGCGUGUGGACUCGCGUCGACUUUUUCAAGUACGCGAAUUCUACUUAUCCGAUCUGGGGCGUAUAAAUAGUGCAAACAUCGACGUGGACAUUUCUGAUCCUGGCAUCUCUAAAGAAAUGUUUAAUAUCGCACUUAAAUUGAUUAUUGUUAUAGACAAUAUAGAAAAACAGGAAGCUGCUGUGGCAAUAGAUAAUGGCCCUUUACAACAAACUUCGAUACUCAUCUUUUUGCCGGGUAUCAACGAAAUUGAACAAAUGUCCAGCAAGUUAAGAUUACUAAGCGAAUCUGAUGACAACAAUGUAAAACUCUAUCCCAUACGUUUACAUUCUUUAAUCUCGCCGGAUGAACAGAACAAAGUAUUUAACAACCCACCUGGGGGAUUUCGAAAAGUAAUAUUAUCUACAAAUAUUGCAGAGAGUUCUAUCACCGUGCCCGAUGUUAAAUAUGUCAUUGAUUUUUGUUUGACGAAAUCGCUAAUUACUGAUACUGCAACAAAUUUCUCUUCACUGCAAUUGCAUUGGGCGUCGCGCGCAAAUUGCCGUCAACGUGCCGGCCGAGCAGGUCGUGUCAUGAAUGGCCGCGUCUAUCGUAUGGUCUCAAAGAAUUUUUAUGAUCAUUACAUGGAAGAGUUUAGCACCGCGGAAAUGCUGCGUUGCCCGCUGGAGAAUGCUGUGCUGAAAGCCAAACUGCUCGAUAUGGGUCCACCGCCUGAUAUACUCGGCUUGGCAAUGACACCGCCAAAUCUUUCCGAUAUACACAACACCAUAUUGACGCUGAAGGAGGUGGGCGCACUCUUCACAACUGUCAAUGGCGUUUACUCAAUACAAGAUGGUGAUUUGACCUUUAUGGGGCGUGUGAUGGCCGGCAUGCCAUUGGAUAUACGUUUAACACGUCUCAUAUUGCUGGGCUAUAUCUUUAGUGCUCUGGAUGAGACGAUUAUAAUGGCUGCCGGCUUAAGCGUGCGUUCAAUUUUCAAGUCGAGCGUCGAUCGUCGUGGUCAGGGUGAAGCAGAUGCAUAUAUACAAAAACUUGUUUGGGCAGAUGGUUCUGGUUCUGAUUUAUUUGCUAUUUUGAGUGCUUAUCGCGUUUGGAGUUCAAUGCGCGAACAACAAAACAUCCACGAGGAAGGGCCCGAAUACAAUUGGGCCAAACGUUUCUUCAUUAAUUUACGUUCAAUGAAGGAGAUGCAUUUGUUGGUUACAGAGUUGCGUAGCCGUCUAAAAUCAUAUGGCAUACGUGAACAACAGGCUUAUCAACGCGUUUGUUGGAUUGAUCGGGAGAUGACAAUUAUAUUGAAAAUAAUCAUAGCUGGCGCAUUUUAUCCCAAUUAUUUCACACGUUCCAAUUUGAAUGACACGGAACGUGAACGUGGCAUUUAUCACACACUUUGUGGCAAUGAUCCUUGCAACACAGUCUAUUUUACUGGUUUCAAUACACGUCACAUUGGUCAGCUGUAUGCGGGCUCAAUUAAAGAUCUGUUUCGUGCUGUGCGCAUACAUCCUAAAAAUAUCGAGGUACGUUUUCAACCGGGCGCCGAGCGUGUGUUUGUCACAUUCAAAAAUGAUCGGGAUGACGAUUCUGAAGGUGGAGCCUAUAGGCUGGUUGUGCCAGGACGUGUAUGUCCUGAGGUAUACAAGGCCGUGCGCAUGCGUAUGCUUGGCAUGCGCACCACCAUGCGUGUUAUGGACCCACGCAACGAGGUGAAAUAUGCGGAGGAGCGCCAUAUUGGCAGGAUGGUUGAAGGCAUUUGGCAGCCGACUAAGAAACAAAUAAAAAAUCCCGAGUUAAUUGUAUUGCCAUCGGUUUUCCAGAAAAUGAUACGUGGCUACAUUACACAUAUUGAAAGUUGCAGGAAAUUUUAUUUCCAACCGCUAUCUGAAAUGGAGCGCCUACGCGAAAUUAAUGCCUUGUUACAUAACCCUGAAGACCUGGAGCGUGGUCGUUUCAGAAACCCUGCGGCCAUAUCUAAAGGCAUGAUGGUGGCGGCACCGUUUGAAAAUAAAUAUCAUCGCGCUACAGUCUUGAAAGUGUUGACUGCGGCUCGGCAGCAUUGUCAGUUUAAGGUAUUCUUCGUCGACUAUGGCAACACUGAUGUUAUAGAUUUCGAACAAUUGCGUCGUUUGCCCUAUCGCUGUGAGUCCCUCGUUGACAUACCGCCACGUAUGUUUGAGUGCCGCUUAGUUAUGGUGGAGCCAUCAUCGGUGAAGUCGCCAAGCGGAAAAUGGCCCGAGGAGGCUAUGGAAUUUAUGCAGCAGACAGCCGAUGCUGGUGUAGUCGAAAUAGAAGUUUACUCCGUGGUUGCCGGUGUUUCGAAUGUCAUUAUAAAAACCGCCACAGGCACGCUGAAUGACAUACUGGUGGAGAAGGGACUUGCCCACAAGUCAGAUGAGAAUUACAUGUCCAAGGCCGAUCAUGAUUUUCGUUUGCGUAAACAAUCAGUUGCUACACGUUUCCUAGAUGAAGACCAUUCCAAACAAAAUGAAGAGUAUAUGCGUUCAAUACAACAAGAAACCGACUUGGAAGUCGAUCCACCACCACGCGAGUAUUGCACCAAAGCUAUUAACUUGCGCGGUCCAUUUAGUGCGCUAGAAACAAAGAUUUGUUCAGCUGUCCGCAUAGGUACCUGGAAGAGUGUGAAUGUCGAACGCGACUCUGUGAAUUCGGUGUUGAUCGAUACAGAUCCGCAAGAUGUGCAUGAGCGUCUCAUUGUCGCGGCCAGUAUAACGGAAGCUCAAAGUGCGGAAACGCUUACUGCUCGCUCUACUACGCUAAUGCCAAAUAUACACGGUUUUGGUGCGUUAAUGACGCUGCUCUUCUGUCCUACUAUGCAGAUAAAACGGAAUAGUAAUAAGACCAAAUAUGUUACGGUACUUGCGGGAUUGGGUUACAACGAAGAAACAUAUAAACCACUCUAUGAGGAACAUGAUAUCGUGUUAAAUUUGGAUGCAGAAAUUUUGAAGGAUGAUAUAGAAUUGAUCAAUCAACUACGAUAUUGCAUGGACACAAUGUUGUAUACCGAUCCAGGUUGUGAGACUUUACCGAUAUUGCCAAAUACGCGCGCAGAUUUGUCAGCCAAAAUUAAAAACUUAAUUAUAAGACUCUUAAAUAAAAAUCGCAAAUAUAUCGAGACCCACGUAGAUAGCCUCGACAAUGUCUGGCAACGUUACGAUCCGGAAGAAGUGAUCGAGACAGAACCCAUCUAUGGUAAACGUUCAAUAUUUCCUUUACACGCUGCACUCAAGUUGUACGAUGAGAAAUUCGAUCGCAUACACGCUUUGGGUGUACACUGUCAGGAGCUGCAUCGUUUGCGUCAAUUUGAUGGCUCCAUUCAACCGAUCACUUGUCAGCUAUGUAAUCAAUCACUGGAGAAUAUCGUACAACUACGCAUACAUUUGCUCUCACAGUUGCAUCGUGAUCGCGAAUAUCAGAUACGUUUCAAAAUGCCACGUUAAAUGGCAUAGCUUUUAAUUAAGAAUUUGCAAAGAAUUUAUGUAAUUUGCAAUUACUGUAACUUUUAUCGAAAUGUUUUCGUUUAUGAUCUUUAAAAAUUGAAUUGUAUGUUUUAGUUUCUUUUUCUAUGAAGAAAAUAUCCGCAAAUUUUCUAGAUGCACGACCUUUCUUUAUGUAAAUUAAAUGGACAAAGAAUUCACAAAUUUUCUAGAUUUAUGAAACUUUUUUACGUAAAUUAAAUGGAGAAAAAAUUCACAAAUUUUCAAGAUUUAUGACACUUUUUUUAUGUAAAUUGUACACCCCUCGAAUUAAUUGAAAAGGCUUUUAUGUUUUUAUGUUUCAUUAAAUAACACAGAAUUGUCAUUAGAUCUCAGUUGAUUUUAUUGUAUCUCCUCAUUAAUUUGUGUUUCAAUUUUUACGCUAUGAAUAAAAGUGCAAUUCUACAAUCAUA